GACUGGUAAAAAAUGGUCCAUGCAGCAGCAGCAGCAGCAGGGACACCUAUGCCGGGACGGGACGGGGAAGGACGGCUCUGCGGCCGGCAGAGUCCGGGGCGCGGGUCGGGGCUGUGGGAUUGAUGCCGGUGUCGGGGGUGGCUCCGGGCGGGCAGGUGGUGCCGCGGCGGGGUGGGCGGCCGGCCGCUGGCCCUGCUGGCCAGCUAGAGGCUCCGUGCGGGCCCGCGGGGGCUCCUCUCCCCCCGGCGCCGAGGUGAGGGGAGGGCGAUCGCCACAGGAAGUCGGCGCCGGGGUGGGCUGGCACAGGGGCGGCGGAGAGACCCGCCCCGCCCGGCCCGAGGCCGCAGUCGUCGUGCCCCAUGUCCUUGCCGGUGGUGGUGCCGGGUUCCUGCUGCCCCGUCCCGGGGCUUCACCAGGCGGCGGCGGACGGCACCGCCGGCACGACGGGCUCGCUGCGCGCCCCCCCUCCCUUCCUGCCGCCCCCCCGCCCCGCUUUGCCGCCGGCCGGCCACCCGCAACCCGCCGCCCCGGACCCCGGCACCGCGCUGCCGCCGUCCCGCCCGCUGCUGUCGGUGGCGGUGCUGCAGAUCGUGCUGGGCUGCUCGCUGGUGGCCCUGAACUUCGGGGCGCUGUCGCUGAGCAGCGCCCCGCAGGUGAAGAACGCCUGUCCCUUGUGGGCCGGCUGCUCGGUAAUCUUAUCUGGAAUCUUAGGCUUGAUGGCAUGGAAGAGACCAAUGGUGGUUUUGGCUAACCUGUUUGUUCUGCUGUCUGUCAUCUGUGUUCUGCUGAACGUGGCUGGAUUUAUAUUAGGAUACCAAGGCAUUCAAUUUGUGUCCAGUGUACCCAAAUGCAAUUUGGCGGAUAUGGGUGAAAACAAGAUUUGUUUCUGCUGUGAAGAGUUGCAUCUCACCAAAUGCACAGAAGAGACUGCGCUGAAGCUACACCACAUGAAGUCCUGCAUUGCUGCACACCUUCUUUUCAAGAAAAUUCUCUUUGCUCUUUGUGCCCUGAAUGCUCUCACCACCACGGUUUGCUUGAUAGCGGCUGCCCUGCAUUACUUACAGAUUUUUGCAACAAGAAGAUCCUGCACAGAUGAAUCUCAGAUUGAAGACCAAGGUCAUGUUUUGGAUCCUGAUGAUUUUGUCCCACCUGCGCCACCUCCCUCCUACUUUGCAACUCUUCAUUCUUAUAAUCCAGAGACAAGUUGCAGGAUGCUUGGCUCUGGUGUGAUCCAGUUACCCCAUGCUUAUGGAGCGCAAAUCAAAGAUGUUGGAGUGUUCUGCCCCCUGGACCCACCUCCUCCUUAUGAAGAAGGUGUGUGCAGCCAGAAUGUCUCUAAGCAGGAAGAUGCACCGGAGAUAAGUGGUGUGGAAGCUGUUGAUUCGAGGGAAGUGAGUGACAGGGAGGCCUCUCAAGGUGAAGAAAUUCCUGAGUCUUCCAGCAGAGUGAGCCUUUCACCUUCGAAUGCAAGCCUGGUGCCUGAAGAAGGAGCAUGCAGGAGAGCCUUCAAUCCUUUGCGGAAACGGUCUAAAAGUUACCCUGUGCUGCACAGCCAGUUGCUUCAAGGGGGAGCACCCAUCUCUGAAGCUGCAAUGCAGACUGACGUAAACCCACAACUCUGCCCUGUCACCUUGCGGAAGAGUUUAAGAGCAAGAACUUUGAGGGGAAGACCCCAGUCUUUGGUAGACUACAAGUCUUACACAGCCACUAAACGGCUGGCGGCCUGGAUCCUAGCGCAGUCCUGCAGCAUGAGCCCUGACAUAAACGAAUUGGUGGAAAAUAUCAAGUCUGUUUUAAAAUCAGAUGAGAAACAUAUGGCAGAAGCUAUCACCAGUGCCACCUUCCUUGAGGAGGUGAUGACAUUUGGCCAACAAGCUGUGUCCUCAAGUGCCCACAGGUCACCUUUCAGGCGGCAUCCCAGAUUGCUGCACCUGGAGAGCUGUGGUGACCUGAGUACUUUCACCACAGAUGAAGAUCAGCUAGCAGAGCGGAGGGUCCAGAGAGCACGGCGUGAACGGCCCCACAGUCUUACUGGUGUUGUCAGGGAAACUGUACUUUGAGCUGGUUUCUGUCUUUCUUUGAGCUGGUUUCUGUUUAUUCCUCAGUAGAGCACUUCUGUCAGACAUACAUGCUGCACAGGAAAAUCAUCUCUGAACUGUGGGUAGAAGAGUGUGUUGAUAAUCCUUUUUUUUUUUUUAAUAUGUAUGUAUAUACCGGCACACUCAGACUCCUGAGGGGAAGCUUGUUCCACAAGCCUAUGAAGCAGAUCGUAAGCUGCCCUACUCUGUUUGUGAUGCAGCACUGCCCUGUUGCAUCUCUGCUCUAUCCCCACAUAGGCCAGAUUUGCUUUUUUUACUCAGCUUACACGAGAGACAGCAGACUGGCUCUGUGCCUGGCUUUACCAGGGUGAGGGAGGGACAGUUAGCAACGCAUGUGUGCACUUUGUAUCUCAUUGGAGAACAGGGCCAGCGUCGGCCUGUGUUCAUCUGGUGUGUGUUAUCGUAGCUCCACUGAUAUUAAUAUUUUGUCCUUUAAUUUUUUUGCUGGCAUAUAGCAAUUUACCUCCUAGGAGAGGUACUUGUUACAUACCAGCUGACAGCUCGUACACAGUCAUCUCAAAUCCUCUGCUGACAUGCAGGUGACUACCUAACGUUGUCUGUCGCUAGGAUGGCUAAGUAUUCCUGCUGCCAUUUUAAUGAUAAAACUUCAUGUGAAAAUUUAUUAGACGGCUCUCCCACUGAAAACCAGAAAGCUUUAAAGUGAGUUUUAAUUAAGCUUGUUCAGAAGUUGAAACUGUGCAGUAUGGUUUGACUCACUAAAGAUAACUUGAAUAAAAUGAAAUACUUAUCUUUACACUAGAAUUGGUGCUUUAUUUUUCCUGUGUAGUAGGAAGAAUACAUUAGGGAUAUUGAGUUUUCUGCAGCACUGUCCUAUUGCUACAUUUUGCUCUCAGAAGCGCGAGCGCAGCAAGUGAAAAUUGAGGGAUUUUUGUCUCGGAGAAGGAGGAAAACACCACAGGAACACACUGCUUCAUUAUGCUAGCCUUUACCUCAGCUCUGUUAUGUAUUUUGCCAUUCCACCAGAUUUAAGACUCCAGCUCAACUUGCUGGAGUUGCAUCAUCUUAAGUGGGAGUUCUUUCAGAUCUUCAGCAUUACGUUCCUUUUCCCAGUUGUUCAUUGCCCUUACAAAACUAGAUUGUGGAAGAGGAAAAUCACACACACCCCAGCAGUGGAAACUGUACUCACAGUAGCUUUUGACAGCGCU